UGUGAUGUCACCCUGUCAUGCGUCAUGAAGCGUUUGUCCUCUUGAAAAGCUUAUCCCUACCAUAAUACUGUUAUUGUCCUCGAGUUUCCUGAUGGCCGGAGGGAAAAGAGAAACUGGAGGAAGUCUGACGAUGAUUAUUUUACAUGAGAGAGGAAGUGACUCUUCGAGGAAGGGGCUGCAGAUGACAAAAUCCUAAACAGCUUGCUCGGAGCCAGCCAACACUGGAGGGGAAAGAGAGAGGAAGCCCGGCAUGUGGAAAGCAGAGAUGGACGAGACUCAGGGAAAGCCGAACAGCCUGGAUGGACCACGAUUUUGCACCACCUCCUCCAGAGAUGCAGCCGCACAGGGCUCCAGGCUCCAGAACUUCUUUCUCUCGAAGCCACAUGCUGGGGCGCCAUACCCACCAAAAGCUCACUGGAGAUGUGUCCCCUCUCAUCCCUGCCAUCAAGAAGACAGUCCAUUUGGAUGCCUUCCCCCAAAGCAGUGUCCUACAGACUUCCAGCCAACCAAGCUUUAGAUCCAGGGCCUGGAGUAUGUCCCAACGGGGCACCCUAGGGCCUCUAAGCUCCCUGCCUCCCAAUAGUUUUAUGCCCAGGAAACUCAGCUCUAUUUCUUUAACGAUUCGCCAGAACGUCCCCACACGGCCCCUGGAUGCCCCACUUUCUCAUUGGGAAGAGUUGCCCAACUUGGGCAAGGAGGCUGUCACCCAGGGGGAAGGGAGGCUGUUCACUUCAAGAUCACCACCCAUGGCCCAAAUGCCAGAGGUCAGGACCUCCUCUGAAGGCCAUGGGAACCCAGAUCUUACCAAAUCCAACAGGACACCCUCAGGGGAUAAGCCACUGGUGUCUUCAUGUCUGGCUUUACCUUUCCAAUCUCAGUUUACUCAGAGUUCAGGCCUUGUGGGUCAAGUCCAAACCAGAACCUCUCCAGGAAGAGGCAAAUCCAAGGCCAGGAGUAUUCCCAGAUCCCGAGCGUACCUCCAAAGGGUUGCUACUCCUACAAAUUUGUCUGCGGUGGGCACAAAACUAGAUAUAGCCAGAAAUUUAGGCACAAUGGCCAUCACCAGACCUGAGCUGGCUGUCAGUAUGCCCACACCAAACCCGUCUAGAAUGAUCAGAGGCACUGAGCUGCCUAUUCUGGGUGCCAAGACGGGCAUGACCAUUGACUUACCUAUAGCAUCCAAGGCAGGAAAGGCCACAGAUUCGGUGAUAACAGGCCCAACCAAACUAGGCACAGCCAUGAAUUUAGCUGGAGCAGAGACAACCAAGCCAAGCCAAGUUCUGAAGCUGGUAACUGCAGACUCAGACAAGCUGGAAAGUGUUGUGGUUGGGAGGACAGCGGGCUCGACCAUGGCUUUGGAAAUGCCAGAUCAGGCUGAUUUGGGCAUGACCAGGUUGGACACAGCCACGGCUUUGGCUGGAGCCGAUAUAGCCGAGCUGGAUACAACUACAGCUUCUUCUGUGCUGGACACAAGCGGACUGGGUACAGCCAUGGAUUCAGUUGUGCUGGUCUAUCCACUCCCAGCCACUGCUCAGACCAAUCGCCUGACCGUCACAGAUGCUGCAAGCUGUUUCCUGAUGCCAAGCAGAAGCACAGACCCAGGCCAGGACCAUGCCACUGUGGAUGCUGCCACAGACAGUGCCACCAAACCUACCUCGCUGAACCUGGCCAGAGAACCCAAAGGGCUCCCAGAGGCCAGGACGGACGCAGCUAUGUCAGAGCUGGUACCUGAGCCCAGGCCUAAGCCGGCAGUGCCCAUGAAGCCGGUCAGCAUCAACUCUAACCUGCUAGGCUACAUCGGCAUUGACACCAUCAUCGAACAGAUGCGCAAGAAAACCAUGAAGACUGGUUUUGACUUCAACAUCAUGGUCGUUGGCCAGAGUGGACUGGGCAAGUCAACGCUGGUCAACACACUCUUCAAGUCCCAAGUGAGCCGAAAGGCCUCCAGCUGGAAUCGGGAGGAGAAGAUCCCUAAAACUGUAGAGAUCAAAGCGAUUGGGCAUGUGAUAGAGGAAGGUGGUGUCAAAAUGAAGCUGACAGUCAUCGACACUCCAGGCUUCGGGGACCAGAUCAACAACGAAAACUGCUGGGAGCCCAUUGAGAAAUACAUCAAUGAGCAGUAUGAGAAGUUCCUGAAGGAAGAGGUGAACAUCGCCAGGAAGAAACGCAUUCCCGACACCCGUGUCCACUGCUGCCUCUACUUCAUCUCCCCCACAGGACACUCCUUACGACCUCUUGAUCUCGAGUUCAUGAAACACCUCAGCAAAGUGGUGAACAUCAUCCCUGUCAUUGCCAAGGCUGACACCAUGACCCUGGAGGAGAAGUCUGAAUUCAAGCAGAGGGUUCGCAAAGAGCUUGAAGUAAACGGCAUCGAGUUCUACCCUCAGAAGGAGUUUGAUGAGGAUUUGGAGGACAAGACGGAGAAUGACAAGAUCAGGCAGGAGAGCAUGCCCUUCGCUGUGGUGGGGAGUGACAAGGAGUACCAAGUGAACGGCAAGAGGGUCCUGGGCAGGAAAACACCCUGGGGGAUCAUCGAAGUGGAAAACCUCAACCACUGUGAGUUUGCCCUGCUUCGAGACUUCGUCAUCAGGACUCACCUCCAGGACCUCAAAGAAGUAACCCACAACAUCCACUAUGAGACUUACAGGGCCAAGAGGCUCAAUGACAAUGGAGGCCUCCCUCCGCCAUUCAUCUGCAUGAGUACUCUUCUUGGCUCCCUCCAACGGUCAAGAAAGCAAUUUUUCUGCUUGUCAAAGUCACUGAGGUCAUCUGUGUGAGCCCUCCUGUGGGACAAGGGUGUCUCCUUCAUUGCUUAAAGGUAUUUAUAAGGGUGAUUCAUUACAGAUGUCGGGGAGCAAGAGAGCUAGCGUCACUUAAAAAAACAAACAAACAAACAAACAAACAAAAACCCACCACUGGUGGCUGGCCCAGUGUGUGUAUGUAUGUGUGUGUGUAUGUGUAGAGAACCUGUUUACCCCCCAAAUACGGCCAUUUGGGAAGUGGUUUUCCUGAAAAGAUGUUGCUGGGUUUGACUUCCUUAUCCCCAAACAAAAAAAAAAAAAAAAGUGAAUUAAACACACACACACACACACAAACCACCCCAAACCCACAAGCUAUACACUCUAGGAAGAAAAAUAGCACCCCUUUGUACAUUUAGCAAUAAGAGGGAUCUCUUCCCACCUACCCUGACCAUUCCGACUCCCAUCCCCCACCCUAUUAAUGUGAGCAAUGCACUAGCCUGACCACAGGUGGUCGCUCCAGGCUAAUGGAGAAUACUCAAUGGAGGGCCAAGCCCUCAUCAGAUGCAUGAAUGUUUGCGAAUGUUGGCUGCCACUGCCCCAUACACUGUGUCUUUAUAGAACCCUGCCUUGGCCGCCUCACCUGCCAUCGCCACCUGGAUACAACUUGCUCAGAGGCUGGUGACUUGUGGGCCAUUCAUCUACAAGUCCUGUUGGAACAAGAGGCCCAAGCCUAGAGGAUGCAGGAAUGACCCGUUUUUUAAAAUGUUAUUGGUCCCCAGCCACUGUUUUGGUGAUAUUCCAAGUUUAAUUUCCCAAUUGAAAACAAGCCAACAGACACUCAGACUGGUCAUGUAAAUGUUGCUAGCCUCUGUGUUGUACAACUAAACAUUGCUGUUUGAACAAUAA